AUGGAUCUAUUUCGAUAUGCGAAUGUUACUUGGCCUCGACGACGUAUACCUCGUGUGAUUCAUCAAACGUAUCGUACGUAUGCUAUACCUGCUAUUUGGAAUACAACGGUAAAAUCAGUGAUGAAGAUGAAUGCCAAUGAGUUUAAAUAUCGUCGAUGGUCUCACACAGACAUGGAUACGUUUGUUCGACAGCAUGAGUCUCACUUCUAUUGGAACACUUUUGUCAGUUAUCGAUACGAUAUACAGCGUAUCGAUUCGUUUCGAUACGUACUUUUAUUUCACUUAGGUGGUAUUUAUAUUGAUAUGGACAAUGCUUGUCAUCGUCCUUUCCGCGAAUUAGUAGCCACUAUGGAGGCACUCGAUCCACGCUCGACUCAUCUUGCUCUUUUUCCAGCUGCAGAAGUAUUCGGCAUUCAAAACAACUUCAUGAUUAGUACUGCUGGUCAUCCGAUAUACAAGCAGUUUAUUUCACGAUUGCAUCUGUUCAAUCAUAAUUUUCUCAUUUAUCAUGUCACUAUAUUACUUAGUGUUGGUCCACUCUAUGCUACAAUUCAAGAAUACUUUUUCAAACAGACAGACAAACAAGUUACAUCGUAUUUUAUGACAACAGCAAAAACAUUUUUCCACUGCACUGAUUAUGAUGCAUCGAUUAAAAUUUAUCCAAUGCUCACACCAUUGUUACGCGAAAUUAAUUCAGAAGAAUGA